CUAUUCCCAACUACUCCACUCACCUCGUACCGGUAUUCUCCCUCCCCCCACCAUUCGCACAUCAUAGGCGUCUUUGCUUCCAAACCAGAGUUCGGUCAGCUCCCAGAAGAUAGAAAGAUGGCCGCCAAGCAAUUUGCAGAGUUCCCGCAACAGAAACUCAUCAGCGAGAAGCUGGUAGCAGUCUUCAGCAAGAGCUACUGCCCUUACUGCCGUCAGGCCAAGGGCGUCAUUGCCAACCUGGGCUUGCCAGAAAGCAAGGUCGGCAUCGUCGAGCUGGACCAUGAGAGCGAGGGCUCUGACAUUCAGGCCUAUCUCGCCGACAAGACCGGACAGCGCACAGUGCCCAACAUCUUCAUCAAUGGCAAGCACCUGGGUGGAUGCUCCGACAUUCUCCAGGCCGAGCAGUCUGGCGAGCUCAAGAAGCUCGUCGCUUAGAUUGACGGAGAAAUAUGAAGGUGGCGGCUAACUAUAAGAGAAGCUCAUCGUUUCGUUAGUAAUAUGAGAUUGAUAAUGCUCA